AUGGAGAAAAUGUUUAAUACUACUACUACUACUACUACUACUACUACUACUACUACUACUACUACUACUACUACUACUACUACUACUACUACUACUACUACUACUACUACUACUACUACUACUACUACUACUACUACUACUACUACUACUACUACUACUACUACUACUACUACUACUACUACUACUACUACUACUACUACUACUACUACUACUACUACUACUACUACUACUACUACUACUACUACUACUACUGUGGCGUGUAAUAAUAAUAAUAAUAAUAAUAAUAAUAAUAUUAAUAAUAAUAAUAAUAAUAAUAAUAGAAUCCUUAUGGUUUGUGUACAAUAUGAAAUAAAUCAUUGUAGAAUACCAUUUCAUUUUGCGGCUUAUUUAAUAUUAUUAUGA